UUACUUCGGCUGCACGCAUUGUUGCUGGUCCUCAGUCUUUUAGUUUCUUUCGUACGUGUCAGUUGUCUGUCGGUGCGUAUUUGCUUUAUUUGCCGCUUUCUCGAUACACAAGUGAAAAACUCAACAAAUAACAAGAUGAAAAACCUUAUGUUCUUGAUGUUACUCGUGCUACCAACAAUUAUUUGCACUUUCACAGCCCCUAACAAACUGGGUGCGAAUGCUGCCGAAGCCGUCGAAGAUGAUCUAGUUGAAGUGGACAGCGAAGAGGGCGCUGUGACGGGCGAGGAUGCUGAGGCGGAUGAGGACUCGGACAGCGGUAGCAGCAGCACUUCCCCCCAUGCUGAUACCUAUUUAUUGUUUACGAAACCACUGCACACGCCUGGUCAACAACUGGAUCUGCCCGGAGGCAAGCCAGUUGAGUUCCUCAUUGGCUUCACCAACAAGGGCCAGGAGGAGUUUGUCAUCGAGACCGUUGAGGCAUCCUUCCGCUAUCCCAUGGACUUCAAUUACUUUAUCCAGAACUUCUCGGCUGUUGCUUACAACCGCGAAGUGAAGCCGGGCUUUGAGUCAACUGUAUCGUAUACGUUCCUGCCCUCCGAUCAGUUUGCAGGCCGUCCAUUUGGACUGAACAUUGCGUUGGCGUACCGUGACGCCAACGGCAUCCAAUACAACGAGGCUGUAUUCAACGAGACGGUGCUGAUCUCUGAGGUCGACGAGGGCUUGGAUGGCGAGACUUUCUUCCUGUAUGUGAUGCUUGCUGGCAUUGUUGUCCUGCUGCUGGUCAUUGGACAGCAGUAUCUGUUGGGUAGCUCUGGCAAGCGUAAGCGUGCUGCCGCCAAGAAGGUUAUCGAGACAGGCACUGCCAACGAUAGCAACAUCGAUUACGACUGGGUACCUAAGGAGACUUUGCGUGCAUUGCAGAAAUCGCCACCCAAGUCAAAAACGCCAAAAACAUCCCCCAAGCCGGGGAAACAGGCCAGUCCGACCUCUAGCCUUAACAGUCCCAAGCAACGCAAGGUGAAGCGUUCCGCGGGUGAUGACUGAAGACUGCGCAAUCUGCAAAUCUGCUAAUCUGCACCACUGCAAAUCUGCACUUAACCAUCCACUCACACACAAAUACGCAAAUCCAUACAACAACAUCCAAUAUGCGUCGUCGCAGUCUAAUUAUCUAAUUAAUAAUACUAUAUAUUUUUUUUUUUUUGGUUAUAUCCAAUUGACUAUGUAGAGAUUGUUAGUGUUAAGCUAACCAGUACACCAGCAGAUGUGGGCCGUGCAGUUCAAAGUUUAAAUUUCUGAAUUUCGUUAGCGAAUGCAUUCUUUUUUGUAUUAAAUUCUAUUUCUCUUUUUUUUUAUAUUAAAUUCUAUUUCUCUUUUUUUUUUAUUAAAUUCUAUUUCUCUUUUUUUUGUAUUUCUACAAACAAACUCCAUAAUGGGCCCAACUUCGUGCCGCGCCACCUAAUUGUCUUCGUUUGUUGAAGAUUCAAGAACGUGACCAAACCUUCCAAUUGUACAUUAAAUUAAAAUAUUAUUUUUUGCAUUCAUGUCUUUCAAACGUUGUAAGAAUGAACAAAAAUGAAAUUAUUUUAUAAAAGUAUCUGUAGCUAGAUAACCGUUUGAUAUCAGCAUGUGAGCAGAGCACAUAAAAAAUUGAGGAGCUUUCCACAAAAUGAAAUAAAAGAAAAAAUUGUGAAGUAAAA